GUUGUUGGGAGUGACAUCUCAGGAGUCGUUGAUAAGGUCGGUGCGGGCGUGACGGGGUGGCAGGUAGGAGAUCGCGUUGCAGGUCUCCUGCAAGGAGCAACUUCUGUGACCCCCCGUCCCGGAGGAUUCGCAGAAUACGCCAUCUUAGAGCAGGAUCUGGCUAUUCAUGUGCCUGCUGGGAUCACUUUUGAUGAGGCUGCAACAGUUCCUCUUUGUGCUCUUACUGCUGCU